UAUAGGAUCACUAAUUAUAACGUAAAAAUAAAUAAACAAUUAACGAAAAUACUACAGUUUAAUGCGAGCAAAAUAUUUACAAUGUGUUGGUCAUAACUGUACAUACAUAAAUUAAUUAAUUAAUAAAUCAAAAUGCCAAAAGUGAUUGAAGACCAACCCGUCGCACUAAACAUAGCAAAUCCUGAAGAAACUGAGAUCACUUCCGAACUAAGAAAUGAGCAAAGUCCGAAAUUAAUCCGGGGAAAAAUUUCACCUUACGACCUCGGAGUUUGGUUACUUAUUGCAAUCAUCUUUUGUCCACCGUUGGCCGUUCUGUAUGUCACGAGGAGUUGUACGGACACGGUUUUUACGUUGGGCGCCACUUUACUAGGCUGGUGGCCCGGAAUGUGCGUCGCGUAUUACAAAAUUGUCGAUGUUUCUGAAAAUAAUCAGGAAGGAAAUGAGGUUUCCUAUUGCUGCGAAAGUGGUCACUGUGAUCCUGAUCCUUGGCUCUGCUGUUGCUGUUGUUGCGACAGUUUGGACUGCGACUGCUCGGGAUGCGAUUUAAAUUGUGAUUGAUGUUACAUACAUACAUAAUGAAAAUAUAAAAUGCAUAAAUAAAUAAAUUGGGGAA